CCCAAACCUUUAAAUUCUCAAAACCCAAAUCACCACCGCCAAAUCCCUAAACUCAAUUUCCGCCUCAGAUCUCCCAAAACCAUGCCCAUCUGCGUCUCCUGCAAUUCCAACUCCUUCACCCCCGACGACGUCUCCGGCCGCCUCUACUGCUCCAACUGCGGCCACCUCCAAGACUUCGACAACUUCGUCGACGUCUACGGCGGCGUCUCCGGCCCCACCGGCACCUUCAUCCGCCUCGGCACCUCCGGCCAGGGCACCGACUACCACUACCGCGAAACCAAGAUCUACGAGGCCAAGAACCUCAUCGAUGACGUCACUCUCCGCCUCAACCUCUCGCCGUCCCGCGCCGACGAGAUCAAGGCCAUGAUCGCCAAGAUCACCGAAGGUGAGUUCGGCCAAGGUAACUGGUUCAAUGUCUUGAUCGGUGCUUGUGCUUAUGUUGCUAUGAGGAGGGAUAGCAAGUCCAUGCCGAUCGCCGAGGUCGCGUCGACGAUCGGCUGCGACGAUUACGAGCUUGGUAGGAUGAUUAUGCGUGUUGUUGAUUUUCUCGAGUUGAAAAAACCUGAUUUCCCUGAGUUUGAUAUUGUGAGAUUGUAUGAGAGGACGUUACAGAAUUCGAGGAUGUUUGGGAGUUUAGGGGGGAGUGUGAGGGAGAGGAUGAAGAAGCAGGGGAUUUUUUUGAUACAAUGUGCUAUUAAGUGGUUCUUGACCACUGGCCGCCGGCCGCUUCCGAUGGUGGUGGCGAUUUUGGUUCUGGUGGCAGAGUUGAAUGGAGUCGGCGGUGUUAGUAUUCAGGAUUGUGCUAAGGAAGUCAAUGCUGUUGUUAAUACUUGUAGGUUGAGGUAUAGGGAGCUUUUAGAGGCGCUUGUGAAGGCUGCACAGGUGUUGCCUUGGGGGAAGGAUGUUACGGUUAAAAAUGUUCUCAGGCAUGCGCCGACGGUGAUUCAGUAUAUGGAGAAGAAGUCUAUGUCGGAGCCUGGAGGGAAGAAGCAUUCCGAGGGUGGUGUUGGGAUUGAUUUGAGAGAUGUGGUCAGUGAGUGUUUGGGGAGGAAUUGUGAUGCAGAUGAGGCUGCAACAGAAGUUGAAAAGUUGAAGAAGGUUUCUGAUGAUUCUCGGCGGAUGGAUAAGAUGAAGCUUUCGCAUGAAUGCUUAGCCAUGGUUUACUCGAAAUUUUUAGAUGAGAUGGAGAGUUUUAAGUCCUCUGGUGGGUUUGGAACAGUUCAUGAAAGAGAAGAGAGGCAGUAUUUUGAUCCCCAUGAUUGCACUGAGUGGUGGAAUGGGAAGUCGGAAUUAAGCAAGAAGCUUCUGCUUAAGAAUAUUUUGGAGAAAGAUGUAGGGUUGGAUCCUAUGCCGCCAUCUUAUGUUAAGGGUCUCAAGGCCUGUAAGAGGAGGAGAGAAAGGAUAAAUGCUGCCAAACAGCGAAUUCAUAAGAUUAUGCAUCCAUCAAAUGCUCAUUCAGAUGCUUGCAUUUCUGAAGAUGUACAGACUGGAAGAAAAAGAAAGAGAAGGCAUACUCUUGAUUGGGAAGAUUUAAUUAUUGAAACCCUCCUCCUUCAUCAAGUAAUGGAAGAAGAGAUCGAGAAGGGGUGGUAUAAUAGCUUAUUAGAUUUACAUGUAUUUAACUCGGGAGUUGUGUAAGGUUUCUGAUAUGGUCAAACUGAAAAUGGUGCAAUAUGCUUCCAUGCCUUGGCAACUGCAUGAUUGAAGAGUAUUUUUGUCUGAUGCUGUUAAAAUUUGUCACACCACUUGUUCUUACAAUGUUUUUGAAAUUGAGAAUUGCAAUGUAACACAUACGGCCUUGUAAUGAGGCACCAUUCUUUUGUCUCAAAAGUUAUUUAUCGAGAAAGGAUUCAUUUCUCUCCAUAGUCACCUAUUAAUAAAUGAAAUUCUUGUGUCUCA